UUUUUAGCUUGCUCCUGUCCCCUUCUAGCGCAAAUUAAACCCCCUCUCCUCACUUCUCUCUUCAAAACUCCGCCAACACUUUCUCUCUCCCCCUCUUUUCCUUUUUCUCUCUCCACACACUCUCACACAUUCCCAUACACUCUUAUUUCAAACUUUUUUUUUUUUCAAGAAAAUUACUCACACACUCACUCGGACCAAUGGAAACUCCUGAAUUUUUCCAAGCAAAUUACUGCAAUACUCAAUUGGCCACUGAGAAAAGACUGUCGGACGCCAAGAACAGCGACCAUUUUAUCAUCGAGGACCUCUUUGACUUCCCCAGCGAUGAAAACAUGCCGGCGGCCGACGGCGGCCUCGAGGCCGCCACGGCGGGGACCUCCACGGAGUCCACUGUCGACAAUUCGUGCAAUUCAUCUUUCUCUAAUUUGCAGGCCGCCGGCAUUGGUGGGCCUGGGGAGGGGCCUUUCGCCGGCGAUCUAUGCGUCCCGUAUGAUGAGAUGGCAGAGCUUGAGUGGCUGUCCAACUUUGUGGAGGACUCAUUCUCCAGCGAGGACCCGCGCGUAAUGGAAAGCGUGAAGGGGCAGCAGCCGGAAAGCAGCCAGCACCAGCAAGCGGGCCCCACAAUCCCUUCAGUCCCAGCCAAGGCCCGCAGCAAGCGGUCCCGGGCCGCCCCUGGGAACUGGGCCUCCCGCCUCCUUGUGGUGGGCCCGAAGCCCAAGAAAAAAGAGGUGGCUGAGGAGGGGCGCAAGUGCCUACACUGCGCCACGGACAAGACGCCUCAGUGGCGAACUGGGCCCAUGGGCCCCAAGACGCUGUGCAAUGCCUGUGGCGUGAGGUACAAGUCGGGCCGGCUGGUGCCCGAGUACCGGCCCGCGUCAAGCCCGACGUUCGUGCUGAGCAAGCACUCCAACUCACACAGGAAGGUGCUGGAGCUGAGAAGGCAGAAGGAGAUGUUGCAGCAGCAAUUGGUGCACAAUCGCCAUCAUCAGCAUCAUGGUAUGAUCUUCGAUGCGUCUAACGAAGAGGAUUACCUGAUUCCUCAUCCUGAUUUCCGGCACAUGAUUUAGCAGCUGUUCAUUAACGCAGGAUUAUAUUUUUUACUCUCCUCGUUUUCUAUGGAGGCAUUUUAUAUUUUCCUUAUGAUUUUUUUUUUUUUUUUUAUUU